CGCAACUGAUUGUUCGAUCAAGCAAUCCUUCUCCAAUAUCAACCACAAAACUUUUCUCAACAGCAAUCAUGAAGUGCAUCGCAGCUGUAGUCAUGAUGGCUCUGGCCGUAGUCGCCGAUGCUGGACUCGCCCCUCUUUUCUACGGAGCCCCACUAGCCCUGGCUGCCCCACACACAACGGUCGUGCAGAGUAACUCGGACGCCAAGCUUAUCGCGACGGCCCCAGCCUACGCCUAUGCUAGUGCUCCGUUGGCUUAUGCUCCUGGUGCUCCGUACUACUACACCGCCCCGCUGGCGUAUAGUGCUCCGGCCUUCGUCUACCAGAAGGAGGCCCGCUAUCUAGCCGCCAACCGAGGAGCGAUCCACGAGGCCCCACUGCCAGGCCACGCUUUUUCCCAGCAGCAGCUAAACCUGGAAGCUGCGCCAGGUUCGGACUAA